GGCACUGUUACCUGGCCUUGAAAAGAUUCUGCUCGAGAAUACAUCAUUCAUCUCUGAACUAUCAAAUCGACAAGAUCAAUACCUCAAACCUGUCAUACUCGACAUAGAACCAAAGAAAGUGAAGGGAUGGUACUCCGUUCGGCCACACCUGUCUAAGAAUUCAUCAAUGCUUCAGGGGGCCGGCAUCAUCUAAGACUCCGACUCGAUUUUACAUCAAUCAGGCUUCUCAGUAGUCCGAACUACAGUUUUAUUGCAGAGCGCUUCAUAUCUCUGUAUCAAUCUAGAGCAUACGGUCUCUUGAAACAUCGACUUGUAUUCAAGUACUUAAAUUCAAAUCUGAUCUGCCAUGGAUCAUACAAUUGAAGCUUCGUCUGUUUCUAAAGCUGUCGCUCCAGAUGUGAUUGGAAUCUUCAAACUACCCACUGAAAUACGUAUCAGAAUCUGGAAACUCGUUGCCAAUCAACCACGCAACCUUGACAUUUGGCACCGACGUCUCGGGUAUUUUGAAGAGGAACGAAGUCGGUUCGCUUGUCAGGUGACUCACUGGGUAACUCUUAGCGCUGUACCCUCAAUUCUGCAUGUAUCUCAAGAAUCUCGUGCCGUCGGUCUCAAAUUCUAUCAAUUGGAUUUCGGAGUUACAAUUCGACCAUAUCACGGAAUGAAAAUUACGAAUGAGCCGAGGAUAUAUGUCAAUUGGGAUACAGACAGAAUUGUAGUUUUGCAGACAAAUAAGCAGGGAUAUGGAGCCUUCAGCGAAAUGAUCAAUUCAGACCAACGUCUAGUUGGCACUAGGUUGAAUAAAGUUGCCAUUCGUGUUGAUCACCGUGACCCAGGAUUAUCAAGAUCUCUUGGGCGUUCUUUCAAUGAAAUACUGAUUUAUUACGACCCCUUUCUGUUCUAUGAUAGACUCAAAUCGAGGAAUUUAGCAAUUGAAUUUGAGCCAAUUGUUGGGAUGGAUCUGAUUUGUAAUAAGGAGAAAGAGGAGUUGGAAUAUUAUAUUGAAUGUCUUGAGAAGAACGAAAUACGGAAUGAUGAGGAAGUCACACAAGCGUUGGCUGAAGGUACACCGAUUCCUCCACAGCUCAAAAAUCACGUCGUUGGAUCUUGGGUAAAGCCAACAGUGCAGCUGGGACGGAUGGUAGUAUAUGGAAGGAUGAGUGAAACUGGUAGCAAGAAUGAAAUAUGGACUCACGCCGGCUGGGUUCCAUUAAGUUCAGUUGAUACUAUCACAAAAUAGUUUACAGCUGGUCUAUGAGGUGUUUCUACCCAUCCCAAAGGUUCUGUUUUGAAAUUUUAUUCCAUAUCCAAGUUUAUUGAAAACUCGAGUGUCUCGUCUACUCUUUCAAAUAUUGGACCCUCUGAUACUGAGAUACUCUAGCAAAAGACUGUUUAAGCGGGUUCCGUGCUGUGGAAAAUUAAAUACCAAGAUCACGAUAUAUUCAAGGACUGUGGCUGGACAAUCAAGAUUAUGAUAUUUCUGGUUCAAUAUGACUAUCCUUUUGUCGAGAGUCGAUUUCUGGACAGAUUGGGCAGGAUAAUUGCGACUGCCGUGUAGGUUUCAAGAGAGUGUGGAUAUAUAUACCAGGUCUCUUUCAUUUCUAGACAGUUCUAUGAUAGUCAUAUGCCUGCUCGAAAAUGCUAUAAUUUCUCAACACCA